ACAAACACCAAAAUUUCACCUUUGAGGGCUACUUUGCACAUAAUCGAAUAAAACACAACGGUAGCCCUCAUAAUCGGCCGUCGGUUCAACACCACUGUACACGAGGAGAACAUGUCGUUACCCCACUUCGCGCCAUUUCCGGAAGCUGCACUUCGACGAAGCAUUCUGCCAGACGAGUGGCAUUUGUAUCUGGAAUCCUGGACCUCGCUCGCCGAUCUAUACCUGCGAUUGAACGACGAUGAAUUCGUUCCGGGAUCACUGGAUCCCGAUAGUUUAGCACCCUUUCUGGCAACUUUCUUCCACGAAUUGGCCAAUGACGACAAUCUUGUAUCACAAACCCUUGCGCUUCGAAAGAAGUGCUUUUUUCUGCUUCACAGACUCUUCUCACGGCAAGCUGUACCCAUUGCUUUGCUCACUUGGCCGGUACUGUCGGACAUCUGCCAUGCGUUCCCCAGGAGCGAGCCAUUUCACACCCUUUUACAAGGCCUAUGGACACAGUUAGGUGGGGCUAUUGAGAAGUCAUUACAAACAGCAAAGACAUCCUUGAUCAGGAACUUGGAGUCAAAGCGACCGGAAGAGGCGCAGAGCACCUUGAAUAGAAUAGCCCCGCUUUUGAAAGUCUCGCCAGAUGCAAACCUGUAUAUGCUUACGGGGUCUGAUCUCCUGGAUGCUUUGUACGAUGCUUAUCCAAAAGUACCACCUACCAUGCAGAAGAAGUUGGCAACUUUGGCAUAUCUGGGGCUUACAGCGGCACUAGAAGGACCGAAGCCGAACUACUCGCUUCUCUCGGACCACUUGUAUAGUCUGAAGACUAGCGAAGAACAAGAGCAAAAGAAAGAACCAGGAAAAAAGACACUUGUAGCAGAACUUGUCACCAACACACCACUACUCGACAAGAUCAGAGAUAAAGCUACUGCACCCGAAGCGGCAAGGGUGAAGAACACUGCGGCAUCUCUCAGUGCUUUCCGUCAAUCUAGCGUUGCUCGGCCCAAGAGGCUCAUCCGUCGCAAGAUAGACAAAGGUAAGAGCAAGGCGGGCGGGGAUGACUCCGGGCACGGAACAUUUGUCGGGGAAGUACACGUUCACCGUAUGAGUAUGAUUAGCCAGAUCCAGGAUCUCUUUCCCGAUCUCGGCGCUGGCUUCAUCGUGAAGUUGUUGGAUGAGUAUAAAGAAAACAUUGAAGAGGUCACUGCACAUCUUCUGGAAGACUCGCUGCCUUCACAUCUCACCGACGCCGAUCGGAGCGAGAAGCUGCCAUCAUCUACCGCGAUACCACAGUCACAAUUGCCACCUAGAUCGAGUCAAACUUACGAUCGACGCAACGUGUUUGAUGAUGACGAGUUCGAUAAACUUGCUGUCGACACUUCCCGUCUUCACAUAGGUCGCAGAGGUCAGGACCUCAACGCAGACAAGAUUCUCUCCGACCGCAGCAAAGCGCCCGCCAAAUCAGCAAUCCUAGCUGCUCUAGCAGCCUUCGACUCAGACGACGAUGAGCGCGACGACACAUACGAUGCAGAAGACGUUGGCGCUUCAGUCGACACAGCCGCAGCUGGCCCCGACGAUGCCGAUGCCGAUAAGAAUGAAGAGGCACUGUUCCGCGCUUACACCAUGACCCCAGAACUAUUUGGACGUGACUCGGAGACGAGAAGAGGCAAGGCACGAAAUGCUCUGAAGAGCGAGAUAGGUAUGACAGAUGAGGCAAUCGAAGGUUGGGGCAUCAUGAUCGGACGAGAUCCUAAGAGGCUACGGCGUCUUGAAGCGAAAUUUGCUACAUUCGCGGGUCAGCAGCGCGAACUACAGUCAACGUCAUGGAGAGACAGUCCUGGUGCCUCUGGCGAUGAAGGCAGUGGGGAUGGCCAGGGCGGUCGUGGUGGGAGGGGAGCCUUUGGUGGCAGAGGCCGCGGCAGGGGGAGAGGACGUGGCGGCCCAGGAGGUGGAAGAGGCGGUGGAAAUGUUGCGGGUCCGGUGGAUGACAAGGGAACGCAGAUUGCGCGAGACCGGAAGGAUGCUAACAAGGCUUCGAGAGCGAACCACAACCGCAAGGCCCAAAGAGGAAAGAAGAUGGCUAGGGCAGGAUUUUCGGGGUAGCCGAUAGGAUGCUAUUGCGAGCAUGUAUAUCAAUGACACGUCACAAUACUCGAACGGUCAGAUCUAUUUAAGCCUACUAGACCGCAUGGUGAAGCGACGAGCGUGCAUACUAUAUUCGACCACCUAGAUACGUUAAACGAACUCGAAGAUAUAUGAUGACGACGGACAAUCCUCCUUAGACUCUCCUUCGCCCAAAUGACCCUGGUCGGGACCCAUGCGCGAAAAUCAUGCGAGAUAUGGAGUCUCACAUACAAAUGAAGAGUAGCGAGACCGCCCCAGGCGUCGUCAGUCCUGUCUUACCCACCUAAUACUCGCCUAAGAAGCGCACACAUCCUGCAUCGGCCUGCUUCAUUCGGUCACCUUGUUGCUGAGUUGUCGCCUCCUCCGGCAGUAUCGAUCUUCAGAGGACGCUGCGAGAGUGUGUGGGUCCAUCUUGCGUUUCACUUAUAAUCCUG